UCGAUGUGCGCUGAAUGCGGUGUUUCAAUAGAUACUGUCACGAUAAUGAUGAUAUACUAAUAGUUUUGUGUGUUAUCUUAACCCUAGCCUUAUUGCUCGUACUGAGAUUCUGGAUUAACAUUACGUUCUACCUGUAUAAGAGUUAACCUUUAAUGAAUUUUACAAUCUUCUUGAUGAGAAGCAGCUAGGACGUUCCAUAUUUUUCUUUCGUUCUUAGAAGAGCAUGGGAGUAAUAAAGCUGAUACCUGCUAUAUAGUACGCUUGCUCAUUAGUUUCAGUGUCUUUUAUCUCCAGUGUAACACCUUCCUCGCUCAUUUUCUGAGAGUAAUCAAGGAAAGGGUAUCGUGUACACAGUACUGUCAUUUCCCCGGAUGGUGUCAAGACUAUUUUUACAGAGGGCGCACAGCAUUCGCACUUGGCUGGUUUUGACUAAUACACCUUUUAGCACGGCAAAAUGCCCCGUGGCCGGGACGAGAUGCAAGUAAACGUGUCGGGAUUGCGGCGGAACAUCAAGAACCUCGCGCACAACUACUCAGAUGCCCAGGUUAAAGUGCGCGAGGCAACCUCCAACGACCCAUGGGGUCCGUCCAGCACUCUCAUGGCGGAGAUCGCCGACCUCACCUACAACGUGAUGGCCUUCACCGAAAUCAUGCAGAUGAUCUGGAAGCGGCUGAACGACCACGGGAAGAACUGGAGACACGUGUACAAAGCUCUGGUUCUCAUGGAAUAUCUCAUAAAGACUGGUAGUGAGAAGGUCGCUAUGCAGUGCAAGGAGAAUAUCUACGCGAUACACACGUUGAAGGACUUCCAGUACAUGGAGGAGGGGAAAGACCAAGGUCUGAACGUGAGAGAGAAGGCGAAACAACUAGUAAAUCUAUUGAAAGACGAGGAACGCUUGAAGAACGAGCGAGCGCGAGCGCUUAAAGCGAAGCAGCGGUUCGCUCAGAGCGCCAGCGCUUUCGGCAGCGACGGAGCGCUUGAUACGCCCUCCAGUCCUACCUAUCCUGCGCUGAACAGCGCAGAAUCAGCGGAAUGGACGGGCGGGCGGGAAGCGGAACUAGCAAGACCUUUGACAGCUGGAGAAGAGGAAUUACAACUGCAGCUAGCGCUGGCCAUGUCCCGCGAAGAGGCCGAGAGAGAGGAGAGGAGAAGGAGAUCCGAUGAUGUGCGGCUGCAGUUGGCGAUCAGCCAGUCGCAGAACGAUUUCCAGACGACGGGCGCGGACGAGAAGAAGAAACCCGAGCAGCAGUCGCACUUGCUGGACCUCCUCGACGUCAACCUGGCGCCCGCCUGGCCGGCCACCGCCACACAGCCAACGCGUUUGGAAUUCGGCGCAUUUGCCGACUCGAUGGAGUCGUCCUCGGAAGCGUGGUCGGGCGUGGGCAGCCCGGCGCGGGACCCCUGGGCGCCCGUCGCCGACCCCUGGGCGCCGCGUCCGCAGAGCAAAUCUGUAGCGUCGAUAUCGUCUCCGUCCUCGUCGGAGCUGGAGCAGUUCGACGCGCUGUCGCAGCGGCCCCGCGCCAGCAACAACAACGCCGAACCAGACCCCUUCGAUCUUACUGCAUUAGGUGACAACCUAACCUCAAAAUCCCCGCCGCCAUCUACCGGCGCGAUAAAGAAGUCCCCGUCGGCGUUCCUCGGCGAGAACUCCUCGCUGGUGAACCUCGAGCGCCUGCUGCAGCCGCCCACCCCGCACGAGCCCCCCGCCCCCAACCCCUUCGCUGUGGAUCCGCCGCGCCAGAUGUUUGUACCGCCGCAACCCGCGCGGCUGACGAUCAACGAGCUGAAACAGCAACAGAUGGGCCUCACCGGCGUCAGCUUCCCGUCCUCCUCGCCCGCGUUCGGCGCGCCGCCCAGCGUGCCCAACAUGACCGCCAACAUGCCCGCCAACAACACACACAAUAUCACCAACAACCACAUGGCGGGCGCGGACCCCUGGAGCCCCGCGUGGGCGCCCGCGCGCCGCACGCCCAACCCCUUCCUGUCCUAGCGCGCGACUACAGACGUGUGGUGAGCCCGCUGGUCGCUCGCUGGGCGCACUCGCCGGCCGACGCAUAGUAACUAUCUACAUUUAUAUAUAUCUAUAUAUAUUUUACACUACCACACACAACAUCUAGACUAGUGCAGUUUGAAUUCCGCCUAGUGGGAUAGCCCGCGGAGUCAGAACUGUUUCAAAUGGGCAAAGUCCUCGUGUUGAGUUGUUUAGAAAAUGCAAAUUUGAAUAUAACAAUUGCAAAUUUUUACCCAAGCUACAAUCUACCCAUAUUGUACGCCUGACAUUUUCUCUGGUAAUGCUCAUUAUGCGCCAAGUUGGUUUCCUGCAAAUCAGAAUGUGAAACGAAACGCGUAUAUGCCUUAAAAUGUAGCUUUUCUAGGACACUCAACAAUUUGCAGCGUUAUGAUUUAGACGUGGGUUGUUUAUGAAUGUGAAAAUGAAAAAAUAUAACACGCGAAUAAAAUAUUUUUUGAAAUAAAUUUUGAUUUGUACUCUCGAAAAAGUGUUAUUUAUUAAUUUAUCGUUUGAAAUGUAAUGGUGGCAUUGGAAAAUUCAAAGCUCAGGUUGAUAACUUUGACACUCGAUGAACUGUAAAAUUUUCGUAUUGGAUCGCUAGGAAUUAAAAAAAUAACCAAUAAUUUUAGGAACAAUUGGAACUAUUUUACUAACAUUUCUAUCCUAAGCUGAUCAUAAUUCGGAUUCAUUGAAAAAGAAGAACACUGCAAACUUGAUAGUAAAAUAUUCUAAAUUCUAAUUAAAGUUGUAAAAAUCUUUGUAAUAAAUAAAUACAUUUAUUUUAUUAUAAUAUACUAACCACUUGUUCCACCAACUGCUGUCUGACUUUAAUGGAGUAUGUCUUCUAGAUUCAUCUAUCAAGCACUUCGAAUUGUCAUAUAAGUUAUAGAUAAGCUAUCAGCAACUUGUGGAACAGGUGUAUUAAAUUUAAUAUACAAAAUGGCAAAACGAGUGUGUGUUAGUUUAGCGUCGGCGCUGUCCUAAAAUCAGUCUUAAAACAAAUAGAUGUAACGUAGAAAAUCGAGGGGCAAUAUAUUUUCGCUUCGACCUUACGAAAUGUGUGGUGAUUAAUAUGUGGUGUAGGUUUAAUGAAUUAUAUAAGGCAGUUAGGGGUAUACAAAUACAUUUAUAUAGACUGGUAAAGCUGUGACGUCAUAGACGGAAAGCGCGGUCGAGGCGAAACACCAUACAGAAUAUAUACACAUUUUUUUCUUUUAAUUAUAUAGCUAUGAACGAACAUAUUGAACAUAUACAUCAUGUACAACAAAAUAUAUCCAAAAUCAAUAUUUUAUAUGUGGAAACUGAUAUUAUCUUAUAAAUUGUAUUGCUUUUUUCUAUAAUUUUAUAAUUUUUUUUUUUCUUAAAUUUGUGGCACAUUUUACGCGCCAAUGUAAAGCACCGCCGAGUUUAUACCCAACAACGAAACUUAAAAUAUAUUCUAGCAUUUAUCAAAGUAUACUAAUAAAAAAAAUGUAACUCAUAUAUCGACUUUAUGUAGGUAUUUUUAAUGAUGUCCGCCUAUUGUACUACCCAUUUAGUUUUAUACAAACACAGCUUCAAAUACCACAUUUUAUAAUCUAAAUGCAUUCGUAUUCGGCCGCGCUCGCCUGUUCUUAAAAAGCCGACACAUCAUUUAAUUCAGACAUAAUUAAUUAAGAAUAAUUCAUACUAACAUUGUCAAUUCAUUUUGAGCGCUAUUGAAGACUACGGAAGGCUUGUAACAGUUCAGUUGCCUUAGAGUAUAGUCCAUUUCUGUGAACGGCGAAAAAAGGUAUAAUAUUAGAGUAUUUUUAUCUCUAUCGUUCGCACGAAUAUAUAACGCUGUCGAAAUAAAAAAUUGAUAUAAUAUCAUAGGAUUUUGUAUGAAAUUCUUGUUUAUAUAUUACAUUAUGUCUGGAAGCCAUGUUGUGUCACAAAUAGAGUAGCAUACACGUAUAAUCGCUCUGUAAUACCUAGUUAUGGAGCUCUAUGAAUAUUUAGAAGAACAAUUUCGUGUUUGAUAGAUAAACUUGAUAUUAGCUGGUCAAAGUUGGAUGUAAUUACUAACUUAAGGAUAGUUAAGCUAAUAUAAUAUAGAUGUGACUAAACAAUUCUGAUUUUGAUCGGUUAAUAUUACAUUUAUUCAUCACUAUUACUUUAUAAAGAAAGUAUUCAGUAGGAUUCCCACUACUCGGGCCCAUUAUGGAAAAUAUUUACAUACAAAUAUGGAUAAGUUUUAAUGUUAGUUGUGUUUGGUUAAAUGACAUGGUAAAUAUACAUUUUGUCCAUACAUGACUUGUGAAACCAAGCUCAGCAAUGGACCCGAAGAGUUACAUUUUGACUUACAACGGAUUGUCACAGUGCAAUUAUUCAAUGUUCUUGCAGCAAAAUUACUAUUUAGACAGUAAUCCUAUUGCAUAUUUAUAGCUUGAUGUUGAUCACUUUGUUACUUAACAUAUAACCCAUUUUAUUUGACAAAUAAAAGACAGAUUUUCUUUUAGAAAAAUCUAGUUAGUAUACAAAUCAUAGGCCCGAUUCUCACGCAAUCCUACUUUCAUCAGUUAUCUCCAAUUUUUUCUGAAGUUCUAGGACUGUUUCUGCAUUUACAAAAAAUCACAGUCACAAAGUUCGAGGAAACGCAUCGAUUGAUCAAACUUUUUGUUCGUAGAUUUGCUUAAAACCAUCGAAAUAAUUCUUAUCACACUAGAUUAAUGAUGAUAAACUUUUCGUUAUAUCGUCGGGCAAUGUAAAUUAUAUGAUGCACUGAGACAUUCCAACAUGGCGUCCAUAAUCCUGCGACGUAAGGUGCAAGUAAGGUGUCAUUGUAAACGUGCCUUAGUUCGUAAUUAAUAUGUGUCGCCUCAACGGAUAACCGGUUAAGAUGUAGCAAAAUUUGUUAUAAAGAUAAUUAUUUGAUUUCAUGAAAGUUUUCAUCUACAUACCGUUUCUAAUUUAGACGGAAAAACGGUUAAUGACCUAGGAAAAUCAUUUGUAUAAAUGUUUUCAACAUAGUGUCACAUUUGUGCGAGAGAGAAAGCAAUGAUGAGGCUUUGUCCGCUUUCCCUCUAACAUAGAUACAAACUUUAUUCUGUUUGUUGAAAUUAUGACAUUUUUUUGCUACAUCAUAACAGUCUCCGUUAUUCGCUACGUAGCUGCUGUAUGCGAUACUCACGGCGUCGAUGUAGUUAUCGAUAAACUUGUUUUUACGAUCAGCCGAUUUAUGAAUAAUGUAAUCGAGUUGAAGGGAUGAACUCGCCUUUGUGACGUCAUAGGUGUGUGAUGUUAACAACUUAACAUUUUUAUGCUAAAUUUAAGAAAUUAAUGGUGUGUUUAAAGUAAGAUUGUAUUCUGAUAACUAAAAUCGAAAUAUUUUUGAUCUAUCGAUUGAUUGUUUUAAAAAUCGAUUAAGCUAAAUAUUUUUUGAUUGAUUUUAUUUAUAAUAAUAGUACCAAAUUUAAAUUAACAAGUAUUGUACGAAUGAAACGGAGUCAAUUAAAGGCGAGUUCAUGCGUUCCGACUAGUUUGUACUCGAAUUAGGUGACUAUCGAUUUAGUAUCGUCCCAUGCCGGGUUCGUGCAAAUAAAAACAAAUCAAUAAUCCACUUAAACCUUCCUCACGAAUCACACUAUUUAUUGAUGAAAAUGUACAAAAAUCCAUCCGCUAAUUUUACACUUUUAUCAUUUGAUACUUUCUGGGGGUACUUGAAAUUAAAAAUGUGGACCACUAAAUUGAUAGCUACUAAGUCGACGUGAACUAGACACUAAUCACAAGCGGAUGAAACCCGUGCUUUGCAUUGUGUGUGUAUGUUGCGUACAAAAUAUUCCAAUUUAUAUGUAUAUGUUAUUGAUAUACUUUACAACACUCAAUAUUGACGUAUUAUCGGUUUUAAGAUUUAUAUUCUGAUGGUGUUGCACGAAUUUUCGAAAUUGUUUGCCCUAAAUAAAAUGUUAUUACUAAAUAAAUUUAUGUAACUCCUAAUCGACUCAGGUAUAUCAAAAUUAGUUACAAUUUUAUAUCGAUAUCGAUAUUUGUGCAACACUGAUCUUGUUAGAUUUUUUUAAGUUAGUGUUGCCAGUAAUAUCUUAUGGCAACGCCGACAUUUGUUUUUCGCUUUAUUAACUGGCAGAUUCGAUUGUAAUAAUGGUUAUUGACUUGUUCAUCAGUUGUGUAGAUAAAUUAUUUUUUAAUAUAUUAAUUUUGACCAAUAAAGUGCAUCGAUGCUAAUCCAUUGUCAUUAGCUAGGGAGAACUGUAAAGAUUAAUGUAACUAUUUAAUUAAAAUAUAUAAGUUUUUCAAUACAA